CAAUUAUUAGAAACUUCGCGAUUCGGGAUCGGAAACUUCAAUCUUGCGGACUUCCAAUAUUUUUCUUGGUUUAGUUCUUUCGCAGACCAGCGUGUAGGACGCGUCGUUCCCGAGUUGAUUGAAACAUUGUACGAAAUAUUUGUUCAUUGGAAAUGUUUCGAAGUGACACAUUGAAUUAUUUCAUUGCCUCCUUUUGUUCGAGGUUCGCGCAAUGUGCAACGACUGUAAAAUACUUCUUUCAAAAGAUGUCGAUACAGGGGUAUUACUUGCAAUUACACGUGUCGUACUCCCGGCAGAGGAUUUCUUAUUAAUACGAUUGCUCUGGACGGUCGGCAGCGAACUCAAUUUCUACCGACACCCUGAUAAAAUAAAAUUGAUAGUUUCACCGACGAAUGUGUGCAGUUCCUCCAUCCAUGUCGGUCCAACGCCUUUGCCCUCGCGCCGCGAGAUAUCCUCUUCAAUCCGGGACGUCUAUCUGUAUCAUUGAGAUCGCCAAGAUAAGAAUAAUUGAUCGAUGUAAAUUCAGAAUAGAAUUCCGACCAACAAACGGGCAAGGAAUCCUCGUCCGAGGACGAUGAAGAGCGCGUGUGCGUGGCGACGGAGCUUGCAACAUGCUGGCGGAUGCAAUCAGUGUCAUGCAGUCGUUGCACCGAGUACACGUGGGGAACAUUGUUCAUUCGAAGAAAGUACGAAAGUCGACUGGAACGGUGCCGUCUGAGAUCGCUUCGAAGAUCUUGCCGAGAACAGAAAUAUUUUUUCGCCGACAUGAGAUACAAACGCAUCGGUGUGAUCGGCGGAUCUUUGAUCACCUCCGUAUGCUUGCUUUCGGGGCUCAUGUAUUAUUUUAAUCAAGAUAGCUGUCCUGCGGGAACGUUUCUUUGUAGAAACGCAACUGCCUGCUUGCCUCAAAGAAAGUGGUGCGAUUCGAUAAAGCAAUGUCCUAACGGCGACGAUGAAGCAGAUUGCGACGAUUUCAACGGAUGCUUGGACUGUAUCUUACCGAACAUAACCAUCAUGAAAGACGUUACAGAAGAAAUUUGCGAUGUUUACGAUGUUCCUGCCAGAUGCUCCUACACAAAAAUUGUGUGUGGUGCAAUAUGUAAUAACUAUUCUGAAAUACCGAAAAAUCUUACGCCUAACAUCAGCAAGUUAUCUCUAUACGAUAGUUCCAUUGAACGCAUACCAAUUGAAGCUUUCGUACAUUAUCCAAAAUUAAAUACAUUAUAUUUGGAUCACACAAACAUUCAUGAAAUAGAAAUUGGGGCGUUCGCAAAUUUAACUAGACUGUAUUGGCUAAUUAUACACAAUAACAAAAUCAGCAAGUUACUGCACGGCCAUUUUACGGAUCUAAUUAGUUUGGAAUCUCUGCUGGCGUAUACGAACAAAAUCAUUGUAGCAGAUUUGUCAGACUUCGAUGGAAGCAGGAGGUUAGGAUUCAUAGAUUUAAGAGAAAAUCAAUUAACAUCAGAAACUCUGAAGCUACCUUAUUUACCAGCAUUGAAUACGAUAGACCUAGAUAAUAAUAACUUUGAGACAAUACCGAACAGCCUUUUCGCCGGAUGUCCAGCAUUAAAAUCAUUAAGUAUGCAGAACAACACGAUAAAGACGAUCGAGGAAAGCUCGUUUCAACAUCUGGAGGAACUGCAGGACCUUGAUUUGGCGUUUAAUAAAAUCGCCAGCGUUCCUCGGGAUGUGUUCCGGCCGCUGAAAAAUUUAAAGAGGCUAAUGUUGGGUUACAAUCAUCUCCAUAAUUUGCCAAUGGCAGUGUUGAGUCCGUUGACGGAACUUCGUUCUCUCGAUUUAGAGGAUAUAAACUUGGAUACAUUGGAGAAAAACUCGUUCGACGUGUUCCAUCAACUGGAUUUCGUAUAUUUCAAAAAGUUUCACUAUUGUGCGACUUAUGCACCGAAGGCACGAAGAUGUCGACCUAUCAGCGACGGUGUGUCAUCAUUGUUUCAUUUGUUGGAUAAAACUUUACUACGAACGGCAGUGUGGGUGAUAUCGUGUCUUACCUUUAUGGGGAAUGUGCUAGUUCUUUGGGGAAGAUUUACGGCUAAGGACGAAAAUCGCGUGCUGUCUAUCAUCAUCAGAAACCUGGCUGUCUCUGACACGUUAAUGGGAAUCUAUCUGUUCAUAAUCGCCGUGACUGACAUGAUAUUCCGCGAUAAAUACAAUCAAGUCGCCAGUUCCUGGAUGUCAUCCUGGUUCUGCAUCUGUUUGGGAAUAUUGACGAUGACGUCCUUGGAGGUUUCAGUAUUGAUCCUGUCGUUCAUGUCGCUCGAGCGAUAUAUGCUAAUCGCGGCACCUCUGAAAGGUCACCGUACCAUGACACCGCAGACGACAUCCGCGACGAUGAUCGUCAUAUGGAUCAUCGGAGUUACCCUAGCGCUUGUACCAGUCAUUCAUUGGCGAAGCAGCACAAAGUUUUAUGGCGUCAAUGGAAUGUGUUUUCCCUUACACAUUGAUGAUCCGUAUUCGAUUGGAUGGGAGUACUCAGCUUUCAUUUUCUUAGGAUUGAAUCUUACUGGAUUGAUUACGAUCGGCUAUGUUUAUACGGGGAUGUUUGUGAGCAUCUGGAAAACGAGACACGCAUGCUCUCUGUCUGUUCGUGAUUCCGAGUUCGCUUUGAGAUUUUUCUUGAUAGUCUUAACAGACGCUGCUUGCUGGGCACCGAUCAUCAUUCUCAAAAUUAGAGCACUGAUGAAGUAUCCCAUACCAGCGGAUUUGCAUGCGUGGCUGGUAGUUUUCAUUUUACCAGUCAAUAGCGCGGUUAACCCUUUGCUGUACACGUUUACUACGCCAAAAUUUCGCGAAAGAUUGAACAAUGGAUGGUUUGGAAAGGUUCGAAGUUAUGUUUCACGGAAAAGUUCCUCUGGAGAUUCCCAAGUAUCCGCUGUAAUAAGCAAGCAGCACGUGAUGUUAUCCCUCCCGAAUGGAACUCAUAACAAUCGAGAAAAGCCUCCUACGUUUCCUUGUAACAGAAGAUACAAGUCAGGAACAUGAUCGUAUUUUAUAAAUGUAGAUCGUUUGCGCAGUUAAUCACGUCUAUUCGAGAGAUUUAGAGAAUUCGAUAUGACAGGCGU